AUGACCACCUUUUUCCCUAUUCAUGUUCUCAUCCUCCUUUUUUCAGUUUCACUGAUCGCCGGCACGCAUAGCUUCCGGAUAGGAAUUAACUACGGGCGUGUGGCAGACGACCUCCCGACCCCAUCACGUGUGGCUUCCUUCAUCGUCUCCCUCAACAUAAGCCGUGUCAGAAUCUACGAUGCCGACCCGGAAGUCCUCUUAGCAUUCGCCAACACCGGCGUCGAACUAACAAUCGGGCUCGAAAACAAGUACAUUGAGAACUUAACCGACCCGGCCCAAGCCCAGGAUUGGGUCAAACAGAAUGUGGCCCCCUACACCAACCAAACCAAUAUCACGAUGAUAACAAUCGGCAACGAGGUUCUCACUGGUAAUGACAUUAGUAUGAUGAUAUCCCUCCUGCCUGCCAUGCAAAAUGUCCAAAAAGCCCUCGCGGACCUUGGCCUGAGCCAACAAAUCUACGUGAGCACGGCACACUCGUACGGGAUCAUGGCUGUUUCAUUUCCCCCCUCUUUGGGCACGUUCAAGCUCGAUCUCGUGGACUAUCUCGUGGGCAUAUUGGUCUUCCUCUCCCAAACGGAGUCCCCUUUUUUGAUCAACACGAACCCCUACUUUGCAUACAGGGAUGACCCGGAGCACGUGUCGUUAAAGUACGUGCUUUUCGAGCCAAACCCAGGACAGACAGAUCCCAUCACCAACUUGCAUUAUGACAACAUGUUGUACGCACAGACGGACGCUGUUUACUCGGCCAUCGAUGCUUUGUACGCACACAUGGACUCGGCCAUCAAUUCUACUCUGGGCUACAAGUUCAUUGUGAGACAUACCGAGACCGGAUUCCCGACGGGCGGAGGCAUAAUACGUGGACAACCUCCAAUUGGGGCCAACAUAAAGAAUGCGAGGUUGUACAAUGGGAAUCUGCUGAAACGGGUGGAGGAGAAGCAGGGGACUCCCCUGAGGCCUUCAAUACCAAUCGACGCUUACAUCUUUGCGCUCUUUGACGAGGACCUGAAGCCCGGCCCGGAGACCGAGAGGCAUUACGGUCUCUUCUAUCCCAAUAUGACACCUGUCUAUGAUAUCGGGUUGCAGGGUGGUGGUGGUGGUGCUAUUCCGCGCGUGGAUUACACGAUUUCGGGGAUUAGUAAUAGUGUUGUCAGUGGGUUUUACAUGGCUUUUAUCUGUUUUCUGCUCCACUUGCUUAUUUAA